AUGUAUAACUCGUUAUCAUCUUUGCAGUCCAUGAGCAGCAACAGCGAAGUAAAUGGCCAUCAGCCGCCUUCAUCACAACAAUCAGCGCCACCAUCGGACCCUCGUUUGAGAAACGGGUCAUCCUCGGACCCACAGAGAAUAUGCCGUGACUAUGUUUGGGGCUCCACCUCCCCUCCACCGCCGCCGCAGCCCGCGGCCGCUCCGGUGGUGGCGCCUUCAUGUGCGACUGCUGCUCCGCCACCCCCGCACCCUUACGUGACUGCUCAGCCGCCGCCGCCCCCAGCACCUCUGAGGCCUCUGCUAGCGCCUCCGCCACCGCCGCCACCUCCGCCGCCUCCACCGACUAUGGCUACUGUGCCUGCGCAAAUGACCCCGCCUGUGUUCACAGCUCCUGCUCCAUUCAACAGUCCUGCUAUGUAUGCUGCUACUCAACAGUCACCACCUCUACCCAUGUUUGAUGCCAGCAGGCCUCCUCCACAAAUGUCAACAGUUGCACCUAAAACUAAAAAAACUGUUGUGGUAAAACGUCCGGCUGAAUGUUCUGAGGCCGGGCCAAGCAAAGCGAGAAAACUGGAGAGCUCCAAACUUGAAAGACUCUGCGAAAGCUGUGUCCAGCGGGAACUCAGGUUUGACACGAAAAGAUUCAUCACUAUAUUUGUACGCAUGAAAUUCCUAUCGAUAAAAAUAUUCGAGUCUUAAUAUGAGAAGUAAAAGAGAAUGGUCAUGAAUCGGCGAGUGUUUUAAGCGAAGUGCGUUCUGACACCGAU